ACUCUCUCUCCCCGUGUCGCUGGGCUGCUGUGCUCAGCACUCCAUUGAGGGGAACCGUUUGAGAGGACACAACCUUCAACAUGAGUAAGCUACAAAGUGAUGCUGUCCGAGAGGCCAUUUCCCAGAUUGUUGGUGAAGCAAAGGAGAAAAAUCGUAACUUCACUGAGACCAUUGAGCUCCAGAUUGGGUUGAAGAAUUAUGAUCCCCAGAAAGACAAGCGUUUCAGUGGUUCUGUGAAAUUGCCACACAUUCCUCAUCCCAAGAUGAAGGUUUGCCUGCUUGGGGAUGCUCAACAUGUGGAAGAGAAUUAUGAUCCCCAGAAAGACAAGCGUUUCAGUGGUUCUGUGAAAUUGCCACACAUUCCUCGUCCCAAGAUGAAGGUUUGCAUGCUUGGGGAUGCUCAACAUGUGGAAGAGGAAUCCUUGGAGUCAAAAGUUAAUGAAACAAAAGCUACUGUGAAGUUUCAACUUAAGAAGUUCUUUGUAUGGGUGUUGCUGUGGGAAACUGUAGCAUGGAAGAGAAACAGAUAUUCCAGAAUGUUCAGAUGA